UUUUGAAAGGCAGAUGUCCAACCCGGAAAACCUGUGUUACCAGAAUUAAAGUCAUCUUUUAUCUGCUGAAUGAAACAACGAUAUCGUUGCACCUUUAGCAACUGUUACUGACAUUUAUUACCGACUAGUAUUACAGAUUAUGUAUAUAUUUAUGUACAGUAUUUACAACACAGGUAACGAAAACCCGGAGCGGUACCAUCGGUGAGAGAUUAGCCUCAGGGCGGACAGGAGACACGAUGCGGAGCUGCAGUCUGUGGGCUCUUCUACCUCCUGUCUACUCUGUAUUCACUGCUGCUGGUCUGUGGGUGGUAUACUUUGUUGCUGUCAAUGAUGAGAAGAUCGCACCGCUGGGUUCAAAAUACAGAAGAAAUGAACUCCUUUACCCUCCCUACAUCAGAAACUCUCCACCAGCCAGCUGCAUCUUCAGCGAGGUCAUGAACUUGUCUGCGUUUGUGGGGUUCAUCAUCGCGCUCAGAUUCCUUCAGCUGAGACGCAGAAUGGACAAACAGUGGCUGAACGUCUGCAGUCUGGUGGCUUUCUCCAUCGGCUGCUUCGGGAUGACACUUCUAGGAAACUUCCAGCUUUUCAGCGAGGAGAUGAUCCACAACGUUGGCACCUUCAUGACGUUUGGAUUGGGAACGCUGUUCUGCUGGCUGCAGUCCUACAUCACCCUGACAGUUAAUCUGAGGAAUUUCGCCAUCGAGUUUCGUCACAGCCGUUUUUACAUCGUGUGCACAGACGACUCAGCACUCCCGUCAGAGAGCCUCUCCGACCCGUCCCGGUACCAACCGGACCAACUGUAGAGACGUCACACCGCCUCAUGUUUAAUUCACUUAUUACAUCUAGAGGAGCUGGUUUUAUUACCUUUAUUUACACCUGAUCACUUCAUGUUGCAUGUUUACCCGUUAUAUAUAUGUGUUUUAUCUACAAGCAUCAUUAGUAGUAGAAAAGUCUGCUGGGUUUGUUACUUUUUCUCUCGAUGCAAAGGGUGUUUUAUUCAUUAUUUUUAAACAUUACAAACGUCCAAAUUAUCUUUGUAUAUUUUCAAAUGUUUGAGUUUUUAUGAAUCUAUCAGAUGUUACGAUUUAAAAUGCAGAUUUGCACAAUUACAAUCAGUAUCAAUAAAUAUUCAGGAAAAUGUAUUUAAGCCGUCUAUAAAUUUAGUAUCUUUAAAGUUUUUGUAUCCACUGAAGUAGGUUGCCUCAUGAAAACGGUCUAGACUGAUUAUUAUAGGGUGGAUUAUUCAGAGGGAGAUAAAGAGAUGAAGCCAAUCCGUUGCUUAGUUUAGCAUAAAGACUUUA